CUCACAGCAGGGUCUGAGGCUCCCCGCUUUGCUUUGCAGGUGGAUGAGUCACGAUGACAGCCAAGAAGAAUCAGACUCUGCAGAAUGGAAGUGCCAAGGAGAACGUGCUGCGGAGGGUGCUGCAGCUGCCCGUGGUGAGCUCAACCUGCGAAAGCCUCCAGCGGACCUACACCACCACCAAGGAGGCCCAUCCGCUCAUGGCCUCCGUGUGCGAAGUCUAUGAGCGCGGUGUGCAGGGCGCCAGCGCCUUGGCCAUGUGGAGCGUGGAGCCGGUGGUGCGCAGGCUGGAGCCCCAGUUUGCUGUGGCUAACAACCUGGCUUGCAGGGGCUUGGACCACCUGGAGGAGAAGAUCCCUGCCCUCCAGUACCCGGUUGACAAGCUUGCAUCUGAACUGAAGGACACCAUCUCCACCCCGCUCCAAAGUGCCAAAAGCACCAUUGGCAACUCCAUGGAUAAGAUCAUGGAGCUGGCAGCAGAGGGCUACGAGGCCACCAAGAACACAGUGGAGACAACAGCCAAGUACACAAGGAGGAACUCAGUGACCCAGAUGGCAGCCGCCGGAGUUGACACGGCCCUGGGAGGGCUGGAGAAGCUGAUGGAGUACCUGCUGCCAGAGGAGGAUGAAGAAGCAGAUCAGAAGCCUAAAGAUACACGUGGGUCAGCAGCAAAGGCCUCCCAGCAGCAGCCCAGCGCUUCCAGUGCUCCCAGUACCCUGGGCCGGAUCGGCGCCUUGGUUAGCACUGCCUCCCACCGUGCUUACCAGCAAACCACCCAUGGCCUCCAGCGAGCCAAAGCUAAAGGGCAGGAGCUGGCCACAUGGAUCCCCAUCGUGGGCAACCUGGCCAAGCCAAGUGCACCCGAGGCACCACGGGUCCAUAGUGAUGGGCAGGGCUCCUCAACUGGCUGGCUGAGCCAGCGGCAAAGCAAGGUGCCGGAGCAGAAGCAGGAGAAGGUGGGGAAGAAAGACAAGCACCACACCAAGGAGGCAGGGGAUGAGCCCGGGCUGGUGGGCAGCAUGGCUCACAACCUGCAAACCGCCUGCGCCUCCGGCAUCUCCAGCGUGAAGAAGGUCCCGGCGGUGGCCUGGGAUGCAGCAGAGGGGUUGAUCCUCUUCACCCCCCGCAGGCUGUCCAAGGCCAUGGAGAUGGUGGAUGCUCUUGGGGGAACCCUUGUCAGUGCCCCCAAGCAUCUGCUGGGCACCCUGUACAGCUAUGUGCCGCUCCGCAGGCAGUCAGCGAAGGAAGAGGAGGCAGCCGGGAGCAGCAAACCCAGCGCGGAGACGAAGCAGAAGGAGGAGGAGGAGGAGGAGGCCAAGCCUGCCACCCCCCCGGCUGAGGAGAAAGCCCAGCUGAGGGGUGACUGGCGGCUGUACCGCGGCCAUCACCCCCUCUCCUUCCUGGGGCUGGAGGACCCCCUGUUCCUGCGGCACAACUUCUACCGCAGCCCUGCCUUCGAGCCCGAGUGUCCCCUCCCGCGGAAAUCCGCCUUCUCCCCCUACAACAGGCGCGUGAGCGAGGGCUCCUACCGCUUCAGCCCCGAGCCCGUGUACAGCCGGCCUUACUACACCAGCCUCUACAGUCCUGUCUUCAAGAAGGACUGAGCCGGUGGGGAGGAUGAGCACAUUCCAGCCCCACUCUAAUCCCACCCCUCCCCAGCACGCUUUGCCGGGCCCCUGCCAGCCGCCUGCACGCACCUCUGUAUUGGGAUAGGAGCUCAAAGUGGUACAUGUGCCAUGGAGUCUAUUGGGGCCAGGGUGGGGGAAUAAAGGCAGCCAAAAGCCCUGUUGGUGGAAGGAGAAGGAAGGGGGAGGUGGGAACAGAGGGGAUCAGAAAGGUGAAGGAGAUGCAGAAAGAGCAGUGAGACCAGAAAAAAGGGACCACUCAGGGCUGGCACUGGGCUACCCUGGUCCCCGUUAAGCAGAUAGCAUGGACUUAGAUGGUAUAGACAUUGAAAACAGCGCUGAAACAGAGCAAGAACAGCAAAGCCACCAAACAUCACCAUAGCAAGCCUGGUUCCCACCCUUCCUCCCUCCAUCCCCCUCUCCAGGACUCAUCCCUUGGCCACAGAUUGUUCCUCCAUGGAGGAGCUGAAGGUUCCAUCGACCAGCAAGACUCAUGAGUCAGAAAGCCGUGGGCACCCAGCUGGUGGUGGGGUCAGAAAGAAGACCAGUGGGAACAGAUGGAGCUCCCAGAGCCCCUCUCUCCCACAGGACCGCGCUGGGCUUCCCACAACACGUUGUUGUAUCCGCUGCAAUAAUAAACCUUCCCGACCUGCUGCCCCUCCCGAA